AUGAGAAACAGACGCAACAACAAUACUGCUGAACUUACUAUCUCUCAGGAUGAACCCGAUUCUCUUACGCAAGAAAUGAGGGAUUUGGUAAAAAAAAGAGACUUUGACGAGUUUGCAGUAACGCAAGUCAGAGCCACUACUCAGCUUUUGAAUAAGUUACGAAGAAUAGAGGAAGACAUUGAAGAGCUAAAUAGUAAACAAAAGCUAUUUCUCGAUAGCAUCAAAGAAAAUAUUGAUAGUGUUUUAGAGGCUGUCGAUAGCUUCAAUAAGAUUAAUAAUAACGACAAUUCAUCAUCGUUUUCUUCAAGCUCUUCUUCACCGCCAAAAAUCUUGUAUACUGUGCUUACUAAAAAGAUGAGUAGCAUUCAUAAGCGUGCAAAAUUAGUUGAAGAAGGUGUAUUGUCUGACAAUGCGCAAUUGGAUGUGGGGCUUGUGUACAAUCUAAAUUCGCGGUUUACUGAUGACAGAAACGAACUUGUAACGGAGGCGUAUGUGAAGGCAAUGGAGGAAGAGCAUAAAAUCCAGGAUGAAGACGUGCGUCGUAGGGAGAGUUGGAAUAGAUAUAAUGUAAGACGAAUAGCGCAGACGUAUUUUGCAACACUAAAACGUGCAGCGGGAAAAUCAGGAGAGAAAAUCAAAAACGAAACGACGAGGAGCAGGCGAAAUAAACGGUUAAUAGAUGUAAAAGGAAUUUUAUGCCGUCCUGUAAGCGAAGUUAAGAAAGCAUUCACAAGUGAAGUUUGCUCACCUGAAAUUAGCGGAGAUGAAAACGGAGUACGUGUGAGAUAUGUACCUGUCCUGCCAUUCCGCUCCGAUGAGGCUUUGAACAUUCGUGAUAAAAUAGUCGAUGAAGUUGAACGAUUCAGAAGAGCGGAGAUGAAGAAAAAAGGAAAGCAUUUGCGCAGUUGUCCCGAUAAACGAAUUACUGUGAACACUUACGAAAGAAAAUAUGAAGAACUGAAAGAAAUAAUUCCUAAACCUUCUGACACGUAUCCUAUCUGGGCUCUUCGCGAGCAUAUUGAAAGAUAG